CUACAAAAUUUGGCCGGUGAGCGUAAUAAAUGAAACCGCGAACAGUACGCCGGACUAGUCGUCCUUGGAUUCUCCUCGCCUUGGUCGAGAAAUGGAUCCCAUCUUCCUCGCAGCGGCGGCGACGACAUGGGUGCUGAACAAGCUGCUCGACCACCUCAAAGACGCUGCCAUCCAAGCACUGCUGGGGUCGGAAGGUUUCAACAAGGAUGUGAAGCAUCUCGUCCACGAGCUGAGUCGAGCCAACCUCGUCCUUGGCUCCGUGACCGCCGGAGCCACCUCGGGGGUCAUGAUCGGGAACCAGGAGCUGGCGCGGCAGAUCACGGAGGUCCAGGAACAGGCGGUCAAGCUGGCCAAGUACCUCGACAAGCUCCGGUACUAUGAUCUGGAGGAAAAGAUACAAAAGAUGAAACUGAAGGGCCGCAAUCAGUUUACAUCAACAAUGAAAUCUAUGACUCAAUCCAAGGGGAAAUUGACAAGUUUUGAAAUCAAAGACAUAGGAAAUACUGUGGAGAAGCUGCAUAAGAUCUGUGACAAUGUUCACGCUGCUCUCUUGAUUGAGAAACAUGAUAAACUGCUUGCAGCAAUUCAAAACACAAGCACAAACAUAGGCGCGGCAGUAGAAUUCUUCACUGAAUCCAAGUUGUUCCCGAGGAAGGAGGAGGCUGAUGUUCUAAAACUAAUUAGUGCAAGUAAAUUCAGUGAUCAAGAGCUUCUGGUUCUGCCAAUAGUUGGUCAUGGAGGUGUUGGGAAGACCACACUUGCUCGACUGGUGUACCAUAACCCGCAAGUGGGAGCUGACUUCGCCAUCAAGAUCUGGGUCCAUGUAUCUGCUAAUUUUGAUGAAAUCAAGCUCGCACAAGGGAUUCUUGAAGAAAUAGCACCUGCCUCGGAGUACGCAAACAUCAAACAUCUCAAUGGGCUUCAACGUGUGAUCAACAAAUACUUGCACAAGAAAACAUAUUUGCUUGUUUUGGAUGACAUGUGGGAAGAGAGCGAGGCUCGCUGGGACAAACUGUUGGCUCCACUUAGAUGUACAGAUUCCAAGGGUAAUGUGAUUUUGAUGACAACGCGGAAGUUCUCUGUUGCCAAUAUAACAAGCAAAGUGGAGGGACAUAUCAAGUUAGGUGGUAUGAAUGAUGAAACAUUUUGGCCCUUCUUCAAAAGAUGCAUAUUUCGUGAUGAGAAUUAUCAAGGAAACAAUAAGCUUCAAGGAAUCGGGAAAGAGAUAGCCAUCAAGCUGAAAGGAAAUCCUUUAGCGGCUAAAAGUGUAGCCACACUUUUGAGGAGAAACCUUACUGAAGUUUACUGGAAACGUAUUUUAAAAAGUGAUGAAUGGAAGUUAUCAAAUACAGUGGAUGACAUCAUACCAGCACUAAAGCUCAGUUACAAUCACCUCCCCUAUCACCUUCAGCAGCUAUUCUCAUAUUGUGCUAUGUUUCCAAAAGGUUACAGAUUUGAGAAGGAGCAGUUGAUACGUAUGUGGAUUGCUCUUGGUUUUGUCAUGGACGAGAGAAAGAAAUUAGAAGAUGCCGGAAGUGACAACUUUGAUGAUUUGAUAGACCGGAGCUUCUUUCAGAAAGAUGAACAGCACUUCAUCGUGCAUGAUUUAAUGCAUGAUGUAGCCCAAGAAGUUUCAGUGCAUGAAUGCCUUCUUGUUGAUGGCUCAGAUUCUCUGAAGGUCUUCACAUCCAUUCGUCAUGUGGGCAUCUGGACUGAGUCGGUCUACAAGGAUGAAAUUAUAGGACAUCAUAAAACCUUUGAAAAAAAGUUGGAUGAAAUUGAGAAAAAAGAUAUUCUGAAAACUUUGGAGAGUUUAAUGCUUGUAGGUAUAUAUGAUGAAAAGAUCUCUGAAAAGUUUGUAGGGGCUUUGGAGAAAUUAAGUUAUGUCCAGAUACUUAAGUUAUCAGCAAUGCCCUUUAAUGUUGACAGUUUGCUAUCCAGUGUCCAAAAUUUCAUCCAUCUUCGCUAUUUAGAACUGAGGUACAGUUCAGACCAGCACAGACCUUUGCCUGAGGCUAUAUGUAAGCUCUACCACCUAAUAGUAUUGGACAUCACACAUUGGAGUGGUCUAAGUGAUUUGCCUAAGUCUAUCAGUAAUCUCUUGAACCUACAAUAUCUGCUUGUUCCGGGGUCAGGAUCAUUGCACUCGAAGAUAUCAAGAGUUGGAGAACUUAAGCUUCUACAAGAGCUGCAUGAAUUUCAGGUUCAAAAAGGGAGUGACUUCAAUAUUUCGCAGCUGGAACACUUACAGGAGAUCAAAGGGUCGCUUAGUAUCCUUGGUCUUGAGAAUGUCAAAGAUAAGGCAGAGGCCAGCGGUGCAAGGAUUGAAGAUAAGGAACAUCUAAGGACACUGUCACUCUCAUGGGGAGAAAAUAAUGAUGUUCAGAAAGAAGUGAUCGAGGGUCUUCAACCACAUGGUGACCUUGCGCAUCUUCUUGUCAUAAACUACGCCGGUGCUACUCCAACAUGGUUGGGACGAAAUUUCUCACUCGGCAAUUUGGAAAGCCUCCAACUCCAAGACUGUACAGCAAUGAAAACCCUGCCACCAUUUGAGGAGCUGCCAUACCUGAAGAAACUAUCCUUGAUUGGUAUGUCCUCCCUGAAGGAUGUUAAGAUUGACUUCAAUUGUUCUGAGCUAAGUGAAGUUGAAAUAAUGACGUGUUCAGCUUUAACAACCAUAAGGCUCCACUCAUGCAAGGCAUUGACCAACUUAACCAUCAAAGAUUGUGGGGCACUAUCUUGCUUGAAAGGCUUGCCAUCCUCUGGUCAGGUGGAGUAUAAUAUCAAAGGAUGCCCUCAACUUCAAGCUGAUACCAUCUCCAGUUGAUAAGUUUGUUGGCAAAGCACUCCAAAGGCAAUCUGUAAGCAUACGGAUAAGGAAACUGGGAGAGAACCUGGGGUGAGAGGAACACCGGCAUUAUGGAUUCAGAAGCAGUCUCGAGUUGCCGGUGCUGUGGUUUUUGGUCUUCUUGUUGUUGUCGAGUAUACUACUGUGCUUCGUUGCCUUUUUUCUGUACAAGAGUGCGUGCGGAGAAACUUGUGUCAGGUGCAUGAACACAAAAAAAUCAUAUAUGCCGUCCAAAUAAGUAGAGUUCGUGCGCCAUGUACCUCAAUUAUGCAAUGGCUUUCACAUGCGAAUGCGUUACGAUUACGCAUUGUCUUGCCGCUCGGACCGGAUGUUUUGCAUAACAAUUACAGUAAUAAAUGGAUUGGUGUGUGCUCUU